AUGAUUUUUCUGCCACUCUUCAUAUUUUGCUCCGAUGCUAUCGGAGUCUUCGCCUGGUCGAAUGAAGAAUUUGCAUUGUACGAUUUAGUGGAAGAGGUAGAAGAUGAUUUCUAUACUCUUUUUGCUGUUAGCAAGGUACGCUUUUACUCAGUGAUUUUACACCAGUCAUUUCAGGACGCUUCACUGUCAGAAAUUAAAAAGGCUUAUCGACGUCUCAGUAUGGAAUGGCACCCCGAUCGCAACAGUUCUCCGGAAGCUUCAGAAAAGUUUAGAAAGGUCGCAGCUGUUUAUGAAGUUCUUAAAUCUAAAGAAAUGAGGGAGAAAUAUGACUUUUUGCUGGAAAAUGGAUUGCCUGAUUGGCGACAACCUGUUUAUUACAUAAGGCGAGCAAAGAAACUUACGUGGUACGAAACUGUUUUCGUUCUUCUGAUUAUAUGUACCACCGGCCAUUACUUAAUGCUGUGGGGCGCUUACGUGGACAAGUACUUAGUACUGUCGUCGAAUAAAGGGAAAUUAAGGAGGAAAGAAAUUCGUCAGCUGAAAAAAACGGGAGUUACCGAUGUGAAAGAUCUGCAAGAAGCGCGAAUUGUUGACCAGUUAACAGAAAUGAGACCAAAAUUGAAGCAGUUGUUGCCAGUGCUCAUUCUUUUGUCAAUUCUUGAAUUAAUCAGCUCUUCUCCAAACUUGUACAAACUGCUCUUAGAACAUUUUAGCAAACAAAGUGAUUCUUCACUUCAGAUAGAGCAAGUAAAAGAGCAUUUCCGCACAAAUCCUGUUAUGAGCCAACCAGAUUUUGAGUAUGAAGUGGCUUCAGAUAUCACACCUGUCUCAAAUAUGAGUUAUUCCAAAACGCACGAUGCAGCCUGUGUUGAAGACAGCCCAGCUUUGAAACGAAACCAGAAGUGGAGUUGUGAAGAAAUUAGCCAGCUGAUCAGUUUAAGUACAGAGAAGUAUCCAGUCGGCACGUUGAACAGAUGGGAUAAAAUGGCUAAGAUAUUGAAGCGGACGCCGGAAGAAGUUACCGCUAUGGUUGGAAGGAUAAAACACAUGAAUAGGGUUUGCUUGAACUUGUUAUGUCAUCCAUUAUUGCAGAAUUUUGUAAAGUCUAUACCAUAUUUAAAUUUUAUAGAGGAAGAAUUCGUGAAGGCCCUACAGAAUUCCCAAUCUAAAACUGAAGCGACAAAAAAUGGAGCAGUAACAGUUUUUGCCGCGAAUGAGCCAAUUUCAAAAGAGGCCAUUGCGCAUAAGCCUCCAGAGUUGUCGUAUUUGCAGAAUGCUAUGGAGGAGGAAGAACAAUCAGGAACUGAUGAGACUUGGACCCAGCGGGACCAAAGGUUAUUAGAAAUUGCUCUGCAACAGUUCCCAAAGGGGACUGCAGAUAGAUGGGACAAGAUUGUGAAUUGUGUUCCUGGCAAAACUAAGCAACAGUGCAUGGAUCGUUUUAAGUCUUUAUCAGAAAUCGUGCGGCAAAGAAAAGCUCAGUUCCGAAACAAGAAAUAA